AUGGACGCUCUAACAAGCCACAUUCAAGGAGAGGUACCAUGGUGCAUGUUAUUUGCAGAUGACAUUGUGCUUAUUGACGAGUCGCGGAGCAGUGUUAACGCGAGACUGGAGGUUUGGCGACAGACUCUGGAGUCGAAGGGUUUCAAGUUGAGCAGGACUAAGACAGAGUACUUAGAGUGCAAGUUCAGUAAUGAGAGUGAAGUAGAGGAUGAGGACGUGCAGCUGGAUACUCAGGUCAUCCCGAAGAAAGAAAGUUUCAAGUACCUGGGGUCGAUCAUCCAAGGGAUUGGCGAGAUUGACGACGAUGUCACACAUCGUAUUGGAGCGGGAUGGAUGAAAUGGAAGCUCGCAUCAGGGGUGUUGUGUGAUAGGAAGGUGACGCCUAUUCUAAAGGGAAAGUUCUACAAAGCGGUGGUUAGACUAGCUAUGUUGUAUGGGAUGGAAUGCUAG